CUACCAGCCUGCCUCACUCCUUCCCGAGGAAAAAGGUGGUGUGUGGACACACUGCUGGUCUAACAUGCUUCUGUCUUCCCGGGCUGUAGUUGUUGAUUCAGCCUGCGGAUAUUUGCGCUGCAUGCAAAGACUUUUUUUUUUCUUCUAUUUUUUUCUUGUCGCCAAUUAGUCGCCGCGUGUUGCGAGGAGCGUCCCGGACACCGCGCACGUAAUCGAGCCAGGCCCAUUGGGAGAGGACAAUGGCCCUGAGCGACACGAUUGAUGACCCUCUGGCCCCCUGCUGUGAAGGACAUCCUCUCUGUAUGGGUGAAAAUGUACCUUCAGACACGAGUAUACCAGACAGCAAUGUGCAAGAGCCUGUCACAGCUGCCUCAAAUGGUGAUGACCUUUCAGCAGAAGGAGAUGAAGAAACCUCAGUUAGGAAUGCGGCAUGUAGACAGCUGCAAAAGAAGCCAAGAUCACACGUCCAGAGAACAAACAGACCAACCCAAAACGGUGGAGUUGUCAAACAGAACGGAAACCUCAGGACGCUCCCCCACCCGACCGCCUCUUCAACUUCCCCCGCUGUCAUAGAUUCUCAAACCAAAUCUGCUCGAUCCCCCUCCUCCCCUUGUCUCCAGUCUUCGCCGUUCUGCUGCCAGCAGUGUCGCUUGCACUCCUUUUGCUGCCCCUGUGGUCAGCAGGAGUGUCCUCUCUGCAAGAUUCCAAGCCCGGGCCAUGGGCUUGGCUUGGUUCCUCACGCCAGGAGCCCUCUGACCUGCUCUGGUUGUCCACCUGCUUGCACUUACUCACACCCCCGGCCUCAGCUUACACACCCUACCACUCCACUUUGUCUACACCAUCACAGUCACCAGCCAUGGCAGGAGCAUCUCCAGAAUUCAACACAUUCUACUGGAAUUAGCCCUGCUUGGCCCUUUCGAUUCCCCAAAAGUUAUUCGGAGCUGAUAGCUGAUUGGCCGGUGGUGGUUCUCGGUGUGUGCACAGUACUAAUUGUCGUGUGCGCCCUGGUGGGUGUCCUUGUUCCUGACCUCCCUGAUUUCUCUGACCCUCUUUUGGGUUUUGAGCCUCGAGGAACUGCCAUCGGUCAACGAUUGGUCACAUGGAACAACAUGGUGAAGAACACUGGCUACAAAGCGACACUGGCCAACUAUCCCUUCAAAUAUGCUGACGAGCAGGCUAAAAAUCACCAAGAACCCAAGUGGCCCGAAGACCUUUUUGAUCGAGAAAAACGGCAUGCAGAGUGGGACUUCAGUAAGGAGUUUUUCUGUGAUGUGCCUGGCUCCAGCUAUUCCAGACUGGUUUUCUCAUCUGCUGAGGGGAAGAAUUUGUGGAAUAUCCAAGCCAUCAAAUCCAUGUGUAAUCUGGACAACACGAGGGUGCGCUCUCAUCGGGACUACUGGAGUCUCUGCCAGCGCACCAACGAUGCUUCAUGUUGCCCCAGCUGGACUAUUGGGAACUACAUAGCAGCCCUCACAAAUAGAUCAUCCUGUCAAAUGAUUACCGAGCGUGACGUAUCGCACACGUUGAAGAUUCUGCGCUCUUGCGCUAAGUACUACCACAAUGGCACGUUGGGACCCGAUUGCUGGGACAUGGCCCUGAAACGCAAAGAUCAGCUAAAGUGUGGCAAUGUGCCUCGGAAGUGCACCAAGUAUAACGCCGUCUACCAAAUGAUGCACUUCCUGGUUGAUAAGGAUUUCCUCAGUCCGAAGAGCCUGGAAUCCCCCCCGCCCGUGCUCAUGUAUAGCAUGCUCUUCUCGCCAACAGAGAAAGGAGAGUCUAUGAUGAAUAUUUACCUCGAUAAUUUUGAGAACUGGAACUCCUCGGACGGCAUCACCACAGUCACCGGGAUCGAGUUUGGCAUUAAACACGACCUCUUUCAGGACUACCUACUUACGGACACGGUGUACCCAGCUAUAGCCAUCGUUAUAGUCCUACUGGUCAUGUGUGUGUACACACGGUCCGUUUUCAUCACGCUAAUGACAAUAAUAGCCAUUAUUAGCUCCCUCAUUGUCUCUUAUUUCCUCUACCGCAUGGUUUUCAACUUUGAGUUUUUUCCCUUCAUGAAUCUCACGGCUCUGAUCAUCCUGGUGGGAAUCGGAGCGGACGACGCUUUUGUGCUUUGCGAUGUAUGGAAUUACACCAAAAUUGAUAAGCCUGAUGCCGAGCUGGCGGAAACUGUCAGUGUGACUUUGCAGCACGCCGCUUUGUCUAUGUUCGUCACCAGCUUUACCACCGCUGCUGCUUUUUAUGCUAACUAUGUCAGCAACAUCACCGCUAUCCGUUGCUUCGGCGUCUACGCCGGAACGGCCAUCUUGGUUAAUUAUAUCCUCAUGGUGACGUGGCUUCCAGCUGUGGUGGUGUUGCAUGAGCGCUACCUACCAAACGUGUUACCAUGUUCGAAGCCCCAACACCAGCAAAGCGGGUACUGCAUCCCAAUGAUUGUGGCAGGUCUUUGCCAAAAGGCUAGCAGAUGCUUGUUUAGUGUCUCUGAAGCCUCUCGAAUCUUCUUUGAGAAAGUCCUUCCCUGUAUUGUCAUCAAGCUUCGUUACCUCUGGCUCUUCUGGUUUCUUGCACUUACAGUGGGCGGGGCAUAUGUUGUUUGCGUCAACCCAAAGAUGAAGCUUCCCUCACUAGAGCUGGCUGAGUUUCAGGUGUUCCGUUCUUCUCACCCUUUCGAGCGCUACGACGCAGAGUACAAGAAACUUUUCAUGUUUGAGAGAGUGCAUCAUGGAGAGGACCUCCACAUGCCUAUCACCAUCAUCUGGGGUGUCACACCUGUGGAUAACGGCGACCCCCUGAACCCCAAAAAUAAGGGAAAGUUGAUGCUGGACAGCAGUUUUAAUAUCGCCAGUCCAGCGUCUCAGCUUUGGAUCAUCAAUUUCUGCCAGAAGCUUCGGAACCAGAGUUUUGUGUUUCAGUCAGACGAGCAGGACUUCACCAGCUGCUUCAUUGAGACCUUCAAGCAGUGGAUGGAGAACCAAGACUGCGAAGAAGCAUCCGUCUACCCCUGUUGCAGUCAAUCCACUUUCCCCUACAAGCAGGAAGUGUUUGAGCUGUGCAUCAAGCGGGCCAUUAUGGAGCUUGAUCGCAGUACCAACUACCACCUGGACAGCAAGACCCCUGGACCUCGAUUUGACAUCAACGACACCAUCAAGGCCAUUGUUUUGGAGUUCAAGAGUACCUUCCUCUUCACACUAGCCUAUGAGAAGAUGCAUCAGUUCUACUGUGAGGUGGACGCCUGGAUAACGGAAGAGCUGCGCCACGCCCCAGCAGGCCUCAACCACGGCUGGUUUGUCAGCAACCUGGAAUUCUUCGAUCUUCAGGACAGUCUGUCCGAUGGCACGCUGGUUGCCAUGGCGCUGUCUGUGGCUGUAGCCUUCAGCGUCAUGCUACUCACCACAUGGAACAUCAUCAUCAGCUUAUACGCUAUCCUAUCCAUUGCCGGGACUAUUUUUGUCACGGUGGGCUCCCUGGUGCUUCUCGGUUGGGAGCUGAACGUCUUGGAGUCGGUCACCAUUUCAGUGGCUGUUGGACUGUCGGUGGACUUCGCCGUCCAUUACGGUGUAGCCUACAGGCUGGCUCCGGAACCGGACCGCGAAGGCAAGGUGAUCUUCUCCCUCGGCCGCAUGGGUUCCGCUAUUGCUAUGGCUGCCUUGACCACCUUCGUCGCAGGGGCCAUGAUGAUGCCCUCGACCGUGUUAGCCUACACCCAGCUGGGCACCUUCAUGAUGCUGAUCAUGUGCAUUAGCUGGGCCUUCGCCACCUUCUUUUUUCAGUGCAUGUGCCGCUGUUUGGGACCUCAGGGCACCUGCGGCCAGAUCCCACUGCCCAAAAAGCUGCAGUGUCAGGCUUUCUCCGAGGACCUCACCGAAGGCUCUCCAUCCGGUUUGGCAAAAUACCAGCUAGACAGCGGCGACGGAGAGACGGAACAUUAUGAAUUAGAACCGCUGGCUUCAAGUCAUAAAGCUGAAGACAAACCUCAAGAGGACCGGGACGUUUGUACUCAGCGUCACAAUGGAGUCCACCCUCCUCACCAGUAUUCCCACACCCAGUAUAACAAUAAGAUGCAGGCUGGCAGAUGUAAUCCUGAAGCCACUCACAACAGUCAGUCUCAGUGCCAGUACUCUCAAAACACAGACUGCUCAUGUGGGGAGCCACCUCCACAGUGGACACCCCACUCCUGUCCCCAGCCUCUCCAAGACUCGCAUCCCCUCCUGUCCCCGUGUCCGAGCCAACUGGACCAAGUCUGCACACACGUGGAUUGCUGCAAGCACUACGUCCCCUGUCCCCCUCCCCACUCGCACCGCUGCGGUCCAGGAAGGCUGGUAUACCCCAGACAAGCCCCCGCACCCUGCUGCCAUCUUAAAUAUUGCGUUCCGAGCCCAGAGGCUCCUUCUGAACAUAGAUCCCAGCACACCACCCAAAAACCUGUCUCUUUUAUCGGCUCCGAGUGUCACGUACAAGAGCCCAAUCAUCGGCCAGAAGUGCCAAACCCAAUUAUCAGCUCAACUCACACAGACAGACAUCUGAAAACGCGAGAAGGCGCUUGCAAGCCUGCGUGCGGCAUAGCCACAGAAACCACAACGCAAGAGGAUGUUUGGUGUAAGAUCCCUAGGCAGCAGGAGGAAAAAGCAAGUGUGAAAAAGUGCAAGCAGAACUCCAAACGAGAGCGGGCGUCUUCUGGCUCGCCAAAGAAAGUUUACUGUUUUAACAGGGCGCUGAAGGUCAAGUGCAACUCGGCUUCAGAGUUCAAUGUGCCAAAAAGUGAAACAAGUGUGCCUCCUAUUAUAAUAAGCAGCAGUCGCUCUUCUGAAAGCUUAUGUUAGGAUAAAAAUAUACAACUUUCACAUUUUUAUACAAUAGCAUCGACUCGCUAAAUAUUUCUUCAUUUGCCCACAUGGGAAAAUUUUCUAUUUUUACUGUUCUUCCUACAGCCCUUUUUUUUUUUCUCAAAACAAUCUUAACACAGAUUUUUUUUUUAAACAAUGUGUUAAUAUAUUGCAGACAUUUGCACAGUCAGAAAAAAACCCCGCACAUAUUUGUUAUUAAAUGCGACAUAGGUCUCACAUUUCACACUAUUUAAUAUAAUAUUGCUUGUCAGCUGUUUUGUGUGCAUUGAAAGUCUCCAAUGGAUUUUGUUCUGUACAAUUAAAAUGUCCCACUUAA